AUGGCACCUCUGAGUACUGAUAAAAAGUCCAAAAGGUCUGCCAAGUCUGGUUCGAAGCCCAAACCAUCUGUUGUGAUCUCCUCUAAACCAGAAUCUUCUUCCAAACCCGCCAAAGCCUUGAAGCGAAAGAAAGAGGACGACAACGAAAAUUCUUCAUCGAAGGAACGCCCUAAGGCAUCCAAAAAGGCAAAGAAAGAUGAGGUGCCCUCCAAAAAGCCUAAGAAAGCAGCAAAAAGGACAGUAGAUUCAGACACGGAAUCGGUUGGAGGCAUGAAAAAAACUGCGAAGACACCUACACCAGAACCCGAACCUUCUGCUUCUGAAGAUGAGGAGGAAGGAGAUGGCGACGGGGCCAAAGAGUCGGAUGAAGACUCUGAUGACGACCAGCUUCACGGCUUCUCGACGGACGAGGACUCCUCGGACGAAGACGACGCUAUGGACGACGAGCCUACCGGACUUGACGUUGGAAAACUGCCUACGGUCGCGAAGGACGACGCAACGGUCAAAAUGAAGUUGGAGAAAGCUAAGCGGGAGCCAACAGAAGAUCGCGGCGUCCUUUUCCUCGGUCGUCUCCCACAUGGAUUCUACGAGGACCAACUAAAAGCGUACUUCUCACAGUUCGGCGACAUUACGCGUCUACGCUUGUCGCGCAACAAGAAGAAUGGACGAUCCAAACACUACGGUUUCAUCGAAUUCGAUUCAUCCGCGGUCGCCAAGAUCGUCGCCGAGACGAUGGACAACUACUUGCUAAUGGGUCAUAUACUACGUUGUAAGCUGAUCCCCAAGGACGAGGUUCAUCCUGAAUUAUGGGUUGGGGCCAACCGGAAAUGGCGGAAGGUUCCUGCGGCACGAGUAACGCGUGCUCAACAGAACAAACUUCGCACCGAAGUGGAACAGCAACGUGCCACGAACCGAUUGUUGAAGCGACAACUGGAGAGGAAGGAAAAAUUAGCUCGGGCUGGGAUUAAAUAUGAUUUUGAGGGAGCUGGAUACAGACAGGCAAAGCAGGUGAAAGUCUAG